AUGGCUCCAGGGGAUAGGGAUGUAGCAAUAGACAAUCGGACGGCGUGUCAGUUCAUGAAGGCAGACUGGUCUGGUCCUUCGAAGUAUACCGUUAUCUGCAGUGACCAUCUUAAACCUGAUUGCUAUGAGGUCCAUUUCUCACUCAUGCAAGAUUUUGGUAUUCACACAAAGAAGCGUCUACGCCAGGGCUCCAUACCCAGCAUAUAUCCCAAGCGGAAACGUGACGAACUGAUUGAUGCGUUCUUGGAGCCUCCCCAUAUCAACACCCCUCCAGUGCGAGGAACCCAUGCGAAGCGCGAGAGGAGCAGGAUAUUAGCAGAUGCUUCAAGACAAUACAACUGUUGA